GACGCUGCUCAAACCGGAAGUGCAUGCUUAUGACGCGACUCUGUUUUCCGGUAGCAUUUAUGGCUGCGAGUUUUUUCCUUCACCGGGAGCGUUUCUGUUUAUAAACUUCACCACUGGGACGUUUAGUUUCUGUUUAAAAAAUUCCUGUAAGCCAACCACAUCAUGAGCAAGCGGAAGUCCAGGGAAAAGCACAUGGCUGUGGGAGAAUGCGUGUCGCAGGUCCAGAGAGUGCUGAGGGAGCGGUUCUGUCACCAGAAGCUUCCAGAUAAACCUGUAGGCUUGGAAUCGCAGUACAAGCACCUGUUGGAGCUGUUAAGGAGGACAGCGGUUCAUGGCGAGAGUAACUCCGUGCUUAUCAUUGGUCCACGUGGAUCUGGUAAAACCAUGCUGCUACAAUGUGCUCUCAGAGAGCUGCUGGACUUGCAGGAGGUGAAGACGAACGUCCUGCAGGUUCACCUGAGCGGUCUGCUGCAGACAGACGACCGGAUCGCUCUGAGAGAGAUCACACGCCAGCUUCAACUGGAGAACGUCGUAGGAGACAAAGUGUUUGGAAGCUUCGCAGAAAAUCUGGUCUUUCUCCUGGACGCUCUGAAGAAGGGUGAUAAAAGCAGCAGUCGGCCGGUGUUCUUCAUCCUGGAAGAGUUUGAUCUGUUUGCUCAUCAUAAGAACCAGACGCUCCUGUACAACCUGCUGGAUGUUUCUCAGUCUGCUCAGGCUCCUGUAGCUGUGGUGGGACUCACCUGCAGACUAGACGUUCUUGAGCUCUUGGAAAAGCGUGUGAAGUCUCGUUUUUCCCACAGACAGAUUCACCUGUUGAGUUCUCUGACUUUCCGUCAGUAUCGAGACGCCUUUCGGUUCGAGCUCACGCUGCAGGACGACUUCCCCGACAGCAAGUUCUCUCAGGAGUGGAACCUCGGCGUCUCGAAACUGUGUGAGGACAAGUCAGUGGAUGAGAUUUUACAGAAACAUUACAACUCCUGUAAAGAUUUCCGUUCACUACACACACUGCUGUUGCUGGCAGUGAGCCGUGUUUCAGUCUCAGACCCGACCCUCAGAGCUGUAGACGUCCUGGAGGCCAGUCGAAUGAGCUCAGCAGACUCGAAAAGCAACAUCCUUCACGGUCUGUCCAUCCUGGAGUUGUGUUUGAUUAUCGCCAUGAAGCAUUUGAACGAUAUCUACGAAGGAGAGCCCUUUAACUUCCAGAUGGUUCACAACGAGUUUAAGAAAUUUCUUCAGAGGAAGUCGCACUCCAUCCAUAACUUCGAGAAGCCGGUGGUGUUUAAGGCGUUCGAGCACUUGCUGCAGCUGGAGCUGAUCCGGCCGGUGGACGGUGGAGCGUGUAAAGCACAGAGGGAGUACCAGCUCAUGCGCCUCAUGCUGGACCACACACAGGUGAUGGAGGCUUUGCAGAAAUACCCACAAUGCCCCACCGACGUCAAACAGUGGGCCGUCUCUGCCUUCGCGUGACGCUUUUUUCAUCUUCACCUGUAAAACCGUCUACACAUCACUGUGCAUGGACACUUUCUUUAUAUUUUUCUACAUCUCAACAUAAAGCUUCAGGCACCUGCUGUGAACAGCGAGCUCUCUGACACUCAGGUAUUUAAAUAAAAAGCCUUAAA